GAAAAUCAGAAAACAUGAGUGGCAUGUGCGGGCUAGAGUGAAAGAGACAAAUAAAUCAGUCAAUAGUGACGCGUGCAUGAGGUCGGGCAAGCCGGCGUGCCGGGUUCCGUCCCGGCUACGCGGCGGAACCUCUUUAGGCCCUUCGUCGUGGUCAUUUUUGCUGCGUUCGCAGAACGCAUCACGGAUCGGUGAUAGAAUCGAGAGGAACAGGAACCGUGAGUCGACGCUGACCGAGAGCGAGCGAAAGGUGCGCGGAAUCGUCGGCAGGUGCAGUCACGGAGAUCAGAGAGGUGGAGUCAUCGCAGGCGGCGAUCAUCGCGAGUUUGAAUGGGUGGGCCGGGCGCCGGUAGAGUUACCAGGCAUGAGCUGAACGCGGUGCCCCAGAGCCACGUCGGUCACGGGGAACGUGCCCUUGGUGAGCCACCAGCACCAGGCUGCCGUUGUCAUCCUCCGGAGCGAUCAUCUGGCAGCACCAUCCGCUCCGCCCAGCAGCUGCCACCCUCGCCGCCGCCGCUCACUUCUCUGCAUAUCGGCAGCAACAACGGCACUAUCUGUGCCAUCAUCAGCGGUAAUAACAACUCCGCUAUCACCACGAAUCCGAGCGACGGUAAAGCCAAAAAGGCGGCCGCCAUGUCUUCGCCGCCGAAACAUCGCAGGGGCUUCGACCCCAAUGACCCGACGGAAUUUCACCGCUAUCGUCGCGUUAAGACGAAGCAGCGAGGCUUUGUAUGUCCCACAUCGUGUGACCUUCGGCGAUGGACACAGACCUCCCCGAGAUCCCUCGACACAUCCACCAGCACAAGGCAUUAUAAAACACACACAAGCUUGCGAUGUUCGAUGUUGGACCGCUUACUGGUUGUACCCCCGCCGCUACAACGCGACGAAAGUACGAUCACAUGAUCAAAAAUAUACAGUAUUCUCCGAAAAUAAAUUCAGCGAAAUCCUUCUUGAAGCACAUUAUAAUACUAGCAUGAUAAUAUCAUAUUAA